AUGGGCUUUCUGGCGAUCAGAAGCCUAUUCCACAAGGAUUCUGUCAACGAUUAUCACGACGUCUUGGUUCCUCUCGAGAAAGCACAACGUCACCCAACGGUUGAAGUUGAGUACGCUCGUCGCCGCUCCGCCGAAGGCCAUGACAAUAACGGAGAUCUUGACGGCGCGAAAAAGGAAGCAGGCCUGCUCAAUACUAGCGAACGCAGUGGCGAAGAAGGCGUGGUGGGCACCAGUAGCGCCAACUACAGCCCUUAUACUAUCGAGGGACUCCGCUUUGAGGUCAUGGAAGAUGUGGCAGCCAGUGGUCAUGAUAGCACGUAUGAUUUGAAGAGCAAAGUUAUCAACAAGGCGAUUCAAGACAUUGGGAUGGGCAGGUACAACUGGGAGCUAUUCAUCUUAUGUGGAUUUGGAUGGUGUGCAGACAAUCUCUGGCUACAAGGAAUUGCGGUAACUCUGCCAUCCUUACAAGCCGAAUUUGGCAUCUCUGAGACUCGAGUCAGGUACACGACCUGUGCUCUGUUUACGGGCCUGUGUGUAGGAGCCAGCUUUUGGGGAAUCGGGAGUGACAUUAUGGGACGUCGUCUAGCUUUCAACUUGACACUGCUCAUAGCCGGCGUCUUUGGAAUAGCAGCUGGAGCAGCACCCUCUUGGAUUGGUGCCUGUGGCCUCUUCGCGGCACUUGGUGUAGGCGUUGGGGGCAAUUUGCCUGUCGACGGAGCGCUGUUUUUGGAAUUCCUCCCUACCGCCUCUGGUCGACAUCUGACUCUCCUCUCGGUUUGGUGGCCAGUCGGUCAGUUAGUUGCAUCCUUGAUUGGAUGGGGAUUUUUGGGAUCUCACUACGUCGUUGACAAGGGAUGGAGAUACUUCGUCUAUACGAUGGGGGCCAUGACCUUCGUGAUGUUCCUUUCUCGGUUUGUUCUGUUCCACCUUUUCGAGUCCCCCAAGUUUUUGCUCAGCAGGGGACGUCAAGCUGAAGCAGUGGCCGUUGUGCACGGAAUGGCAAGCAAAAACAGGACUAAAACUUGGCUCACCGAGGACAUACUCAACGAGAUCGGUGGCCAUCCUGAGACGGUACAAGUUCAGAAGCUCACCGAUAUGGAAAUUGUUAACCGGAAGCUGUCAUCGUUCUCGACAGAGCGAAUUGCUCCACUUUUCCAUACCAGAAAGCUCGCAAUCACGACAUUACUUCUCUGGUUCUGCUGGCUUGCAAUCGGCAUUGGGUACCCUCUUUUCAACGCCUUCCUACCUCAGUAUCUCAGCAAUGGCAGGAAUGCUUCUGGUCAACGAGUCAGCAGCUACGAAACGUACCGCAAUUAUGCGAUUACCUCGGUGGUUGGAGUUCCAGGCUCGAUCAUCGCAUGCUAUAUGGUUGACAUCCCGUACAUUGGCCGUAAAGGAACCAUGGCUAUGGCGACCAUGCUCUCUGGAAUCUUCCUCUUCUUAUUCACCAUCUCCUCAGACUCGAAAUAUCAGCUGGGAUUUUCUUCCGUCGAAGCAUUCUUCCAAAACAUCAUGUAUGGCGUCCUUUAUGCUUACACACCGGAGGUAUUCCCAGCACCGAACAGGGGAACCGGAAUAGGAAUCUCCAGUUUCUUGAACCGGAUCGGUGGGCUCUGUGCUCCCAUUAUUGCAGCGAAUAUCCCAGAUACAAGUCCCGAAGCUCCAAUUUUCGUGAGUGGUGCUCUCCUUUUGGCAGCGUUCGUUGCAAUGAUCUUUUUGCCCAUAGAGACACGGGGAAAGCAGAUGCUGUGA